AUGUGAUUUUCGUUGAUGAUUUUAGCAGGUACACAUGGUUUUAUCCAAUGAUUAAGAAAUCUAACUUCUUUGGUAUUUUCCUAAAGUUUCAGAAGUUGGUAGAAAAUCAAUUUAACCAAAGAAUCAAAAUUUUCCAGUGUGAUGGUAGUGGAGAAUUCUCUAGCAUGGCUUUCACUAAUCACCUAGCAGAAUGUGGCAUUAAGCAACAAGUGUCCUGCCCCGGUACUCCAGAACAGAAUGGAGUUGCUGAAAGGAAGCAUAGACACAUUGUUGAGACAGUGCCACCACCUUCAUCCUCAACAAACAUUGUUGGCUCUAAAUGGGUAUUCAAAACUAAGCUUCAUCCAGAUGGAAGUAUAGAAAGAUUCAAGGCACACCUUGUAGCCAAAGGCUUCUCUCAAAUACCAGGGGUUGAUUUCGAUGAAACAUUUAGUCCUGUCCUCAAACCUACAACAUUACGCCUAGUCAUUGCCUUAGCCACAACUCUGAAUUGGUCUCUUAGACAAUUGGAUGUGAAAAAUGCCUUUCUUCAUGGAAAACUCAAGGAGACAGUAUACAUGACUCAACCACCAGGUUUUGAAGACCCAAAAUAUCCUAACCAUGUUUGUAAACUCAAUAAAUCCAUCUAUGGCCUCAAACAAGCUCCGAGGGCAUGGUUUGAUACAUUUACAUUGCAUCUUUUGAAGAUGGGAUUUAGCUGCAGCCGAGCUGAUUCUUCUUUGUUUGUGCUCCAUAACAAUCAAGGUACUACAUUACUCAUGCUAUAUGUUGAUAACAUUGUUCUCACUGCCAGUUCAAAACUUCUGUUACAGAGUAUUAUUGACCAUCUUAGUAAGGAGUUUGCACUUAAGGACCUUGGGCAACUUAGCUACUUCCUAGGUAUUGAAGUCACACCCUUUGAUGGAGGUACUCCUCUUUCGCAAGCAAAAUACGCCACCGACCUUCUUACUCGAAGCUCUAUGUUAGAAGCAUCAACAAUUGCAACACCUUUGGCCACUAAAGACACUACUACCUUGAGAGACAUGGAACCUGUGAAUGCCAAGGAAUAUAGAAAAAUUGUGGGAGCUCUCCAAUAUCUAACAAUUACUAGAACUGAUAUUUGCCAUGCUGUCAAUAAAGUGUGCCAGUUUAUACAAAAUCCUACUCUAGCUCAUCUUCGACAAGUUAAGCGUAUUUUGAGAUAUAUCAAUGGCUGUGUCACUACAAGAAGAAGUACUACAGGGUACUGUGUUUUUCUUGGAGCAAAUUGUAUCUCUUGGUCCUCAAAGAAGCAACCCACUGUGGCGAGAUCUACUGCUGAAGCAGAGUACCGUGCAUUGGCUUCCGCUACUGCUGAAAUAGUAUGGAUUACGUAUAUUCUUCGUGACAUUGGAAUUUCUUUACCAUCACCUCCUCAAUUAUUCUCUGAUAAUAUCAGUGCUCUUCAUAUGUCUAUCAAUCCUGUAUUCCAUGCUCGAACAAAACAUAUUGAAUUAGAUUACCAUUUUGUUCGAGAGAAAGUGGCCAUUGGGGAAGAUAUUGACCCAUCUCUGUAUGAGGUGGAAAUAUCCGGCCUUUCGUCGGAGGAAUUCGAAGAAAUCAGGAGAUUGCAUGCCAGCGAUACUGUCUUUGAUAGAGAAAAGGAUUCAAUCGAGUUGAAGCUGGCGAAGCUUUGCCUCGAGAGGAACAUCCCCUAUUUGGGAAUUUGCAGGCAUGCGAUAAAGGUGGUAGAGAAUAUCCCUUUGCAUGAAUUGUUUAAUGAUUCUCUGGAGGAAGAGAAAAUGGAGAUUUGGGUUAAUGCUUAUCACCAGCAAGGUGUUAAGAGAUUAGCGCAACGUUUUGUUCCAAUGGCUUUUGCACCAGAUGGUCUUAUUGAAGGUUUCUAUGAUCCAGAUGCUUAUAAUCCAGAUGAGGGUAAGUUUAUCAUGGGUCUCCAAUUCCAUCCUGAGAGAAUGAGGCGGCCGGAUUCUGAUGAAUUUGAUUAUCCAGGAUGCCCAUCUGCUUAUCAGGAAUUUGUUAAAGCAGUAAUUGCUUAUCAGAAGAAGCUUAAUAGCACAACAUCUGUGCCAAAGCCUCUCAAACUCAAUCAAGAAAUGGAGAAGAAAAGAAAAAUGAUAAUCAGAAGCUUCUCCCUUGCUGAAAACUUACACUCAACAGGUUCUGAGAUGCAUCCUUCUAAAGAAUCUGAACUUCAAGCUGGAGCAGAAUUUCUUGAGUCAAAUAUAGAUUUGAGCAUUCAACAAGAGAACAGAUUGAAGCAGAUGGGUGCAACUGUGAGAAAUGGAGGUUCUUAUAUUGAGAGAUUGAAGCAGAAUGAGGAGAGAGAAAGAUUUACAAAAAAUAUGAUGGGAAAAAUAUCUGCAGAGCAGUUGAUGAUCUCUUGUCUUUCUAACACAUGGUGGGGAAGACAUGUUCAGAAGUGCUAGAAAAGAAGGUUCAUGGCAUUGUCACUGACCUUGGCUCUUGAGGCCUCUCGUCAUGACAUUUUAAGGAUAUGCUUUUCUGUUAAUAAAAGGACAGGUCUCCGAAAUGCUCACAUGAAACCUUGGUCUUGGAUCCGUGUCCUUCCUCUGUAUUUUGUCUUUCACCUGUUUUCUAUAAUUAAAUUUUAUUUGUGUAU